AUGGCCACGCUCGCCCCCGGGAUCCUCGGGGGCCCACUGGCCCGCCCGCCCCGGGGACCUCGGGGCCCACUGGCCCCCCGCCCGCCCCGGGGACCUCGGGGGGCCCACUGGGCCCUCCAGCCCCGGGGACCUGGCGGGCCCACUGGCCCGCCCGCCCGGGGACCGUCGCGGGCCACUGGCCCGCCCGCGCCCCGGGGACCUCGGCGGGGGGCCCACUGGCCCGGCCCGCCCGGGGACCCUCCCCGGGGGCCUACUGGCCCGCCCGCGCCCGGGGUCCCUCGGCGGGCCCGCCUGGCCCGGCCCGGGGGGCCCCGGGGACCUCGGCCCGGGCCCACCCUGGCCCCCCGCCCCGGGGACCUCGGCGGGGCCCCACUGGCCCCCCCCACUGGGGCCCGGCCCGGGGACCUCGGCGGGGCCCCCCUGGCCCGCCGCGCGCCCGGGACCUCGGCGGGCCCCACCCUGGCCCGCCGCCGCCCCCGGUGGGGACCUCGGCGGGCCCCACUGGCCCGCCCGCCCCGGGGACCUCGGCGGGCCCACUGGCCCGGCCCGCCCCGUGGACCUCCCCGAGGGGCCCACCUGGCCCGCCCGGCCCCGGGACCUUCGGCGGGCCCACUGGCCAGCCCGCCCCGGGGACCUCGGGGGGCCCACUGGGCCCGCCCGGCCCCGGGGACUCCCGGCCCGGGCCCACCUCGGACCCGGGGCGCCUACCUGGGCCCGGGGGCCCCCCCCGACCCGGGGACCUCGACGCGCCUCCUGGCCGCCCCGCCCGGGGACCUCGGGGGGGCCCACUGGCCCUCCCGCCCCGCCGGGGACCUCAGCGGGCCCACUAGGCCCGCCCGCCCCGGGGACCUCGGCGGGCCCCAACUGGCCCGCACCCAGCCCCGGGGGACCCUCGGCGGGCCCACUGUCCCAGCCCGCCCCGGGGACCUCCGGAGGGGCCCACUGGCCCCGCCCGCCCCGGGUACCUUUCGGCAGGGCCCCACUGGCUCCCGCCCGAGCCCCGGGGACCUAGGGGGGUCCCAUUGGCCCGCCCGCCCCCGCGGACCUCGACGCGCCUCCUGGCCCAGCCCGCCCCAGGUGGGACCAUCGACGCGCCUCCAUUGGCCCGCCUGCCCCGGGGACCUCUGCGAGCCUCCUGGCCCGCCCAGCACCCGGGAUCUCGGCGGGCCGCCUGGCUUUCGCCCGUCCCCUGGGCGGUUCGGCGGGCUUUGCACCCGCCUGUCCCUGCAGAACACUUACCACCCUUUGCUUAGUCUUAGAACCAGAAUAUGCCACUGA